CCCAUGUUAAGGUCUCGCCGUACUCUACUUCUGUUCAAGGCUAAGCACAGACCGCCUAGCUAUCAGCUGCUGUGACAGAGCACACGGUGACAUAUCGCUUUCCCGGAGAAGUUUCUCAGUCCACUCUCAGUCCGAGUCUAUUAAGAUGACGCACACCGAGAGUCCAAAGCCUGCAGAGCCUCGUCUUUCAGCAAGCCUCGUUCUGGUCAACAGUCGCAACGAAGUAUUACUUGUUCAGCGCAACCCACAGGCGAAGUCAUUCGCGGGCACACACGUUUUUCCUGGUGGCAAUUUUGAUGCCAAGCAGGAUACAUCCCUAGAAUGGACUGCCAUCCGAGAAACCUUCGAAGAAGCAGGAUUGCUGCUAGCUUCGUCGGAUACUCCGGGCAAAUUGGUCGAUUUUACUCAGGCUAGAGAAGCUGUUCAUGGAGGACAAAUGUCAUUCUCGACGUUUCUUACGAACAACAAUCUAAGAGCCAACGUAGACACUCUGCUGCCGUUCACUACGUGGGUGACUCCGCCAACAGCACCCAGGCGAUUCCGUACGGAGUUCUUUGUCGCAUUCCUUACGAAUUCAGCAUCGGAUGGGUUGUCUUCAGAAUCGGCCAUAGAGGAGUUCAGAACAGGACAAAUAAGCCUUUUCCCACCACAAUACUACAUAAUGGAAACGCUUCGUCCCAUCCUUACUGGGCCGACCAGUACGGAGAGUCAGAGAAAUGCAAUUCGGAUGUUGUCCAAAGCUGCAUUCGGGCGGAUGGUGAUCAAUCCACGGGUGUUCCGUGUGAAUGACGGAGUUGACGAAGCAUUCGUCUACGAGGGUGAUGAGUUGAGAGGUGGUCCAAAGGGCCGGCUACACCGCGUGGUGGUGAAGCGGAAAGGCGCGGGAUUCUCUCAGAUAAAUUUGCAGCGCAACUUCGACUUGUUCACUCAAUGCCCGGUCGAAGCUCAUAUCCCCAAACUGUAAGAACUUCGUGUUAAAAUACCGUCACAUAUACCAUUUCUUCGGAGUCAGUUAGUUUCAACACAAUUUAUUCAUAUGUGAUAUCGAACACGAUGCGAUUGGUGGUAUGUAGAGAAGAAAGCAAUUUGGCUACAGCGGCGUUUAGCGGAGAGAGUACGGAGUAAGGGCUACAAAGUAUGACAUGUUAAGCAACAAAUGUGGACAAUAAAGAGGAAUAAAAAAACAGCAGAACCCGAAAUUCAUUACGAACAAGGAGAUCCAUGAAGUUAACAGCGGAGAUGAAGAUAAACGAGACGGAUACAGAGUCCGGGA